GCUCCAACUUUCUUUUCCUCCCCUUCUACCUUUGCAAAACCAUCGAUCUCGGAGCCCUGACAUCUACUAUUUUUCCAAGGAUGCGAUGCCGAAACCAGAAAAAGAACACGCAGACUACACGGUCGCGUGGAUCUGCGCUUUGCCUCUCGAGGCCGCAGCUGCGCGAACGAUGCUCGACAAAACUCACUCCACCCUUCCCCAACCCGCGACCGACCAGAACGUCUAUACCUUAGGAGAACUCUCCGGUCGGAACGUCGUUAUCGCUUGCCUGCCUUCCGGGGUCUAUGGCACUGUGUCCGCUGCCGUCGUGGUUUCCCAACUUCUAGCGACAUUCACAAACAUAAGCUUCGCGCUGCUGGUUGGGAUCGGAGGAGGAAUUCCUCGAACGGUCAAUAAUGAUAUGCGGCUCGGGGAUAUCGUGGUCAGCAAGCCGACGUCAGAGGGGACAAGCGGGGUAAUUGCCUACGAUUCUGGGAAAAGGGUAGCAUAUGAUGGGGAUUUGCAGCUGUCUGCGGUGCUCAAUCGACCGCCACAACUCUUGCUCAAUACCAUAUCGCGGCUUGAAGCUGACACUCUGACUGGGAACUCACUCGGACUUCGCGAAAUAAUCGCUUCCAAGUGCGAAACCUAUCCAAACAUGGCAGAGCAGUAUCUACAACCUGACAGGACGACCGACUAUCUGUUUGAAGCGGACUAUUCCCAUUUAUCUGGCGCAUCGGAAUGUGACACUUGCGACCCGAAUCACCUCGUCAAUCGCCCAACCAGGAAGACUGACGAACCGCGAGUGCAUUAUGGAACGAUCGCAUCGGGGAACCAGCUGAUCCGAGACGCCGCAAGCCGUGACCGUCUCGGGGAGAAAUAUGGCGCAUUAUGUUUCGAGAUGGAAGCAGCCGGUAUGAUGAACCAGCUUCCCUGUCUAGUCAUCCGUGGAAUAUGCGACUUUUGCGACUCGCACAAGUCAAAAGCAUGGCAGGGAUACGCUGCGAUGACGGCUGCAGCGUACGCAAAGACUUUGCUGUCUAGAUUGCCGAUGGUUGUGGACAAUAGUCCAGGUGGUAGUAAACCAGAACCUGUCUUCAUGGUACAAUUUGGCCGCAAUCCGCGAUUCCUCGGCCGCGAAGCCGAGCUUUCGAGACUCGAGGCAAUGGUUUUGGGUGGAGACCGUGUGACGCAAAAGGCAGCCAUCUCGGGCUUGGGUGGUGUGGGAAAGACACAGAUUGCCUUAGAGCUCUCAUAUCGACUCCGUCAGCGCGAGACCCCAUAUUCCAUCUUUUGGAUCUCAUCGACCAGUGCCGAGACGCUGGAGCAAGGUUUCGUCCAGAUGGCGAAUCGACUUGGGUUGGGGGGCAGGAAUUCGAAGGAUAUCAGAGCAAGAGUGGUCCGGCAUUUAAGCUCCGAAUCAGCUACACCAUGGAUACUUAUCAUUGACAACGCGGACGACAUGGAGUUGUGGCCACCUUUAGUGAUCAAGGAGGCGAUCCCAGUGUCCGAGCACGGAUUCACGCUGUUCACGACGCGGAAUCAUCAAUUGGCCAUUAGGCUUGUUGGGCCCAAUGUUAUCCGUGUGGCUGAGAUGGACCCUCCGCUCGCAAGCACCUUACUAAAAAGUGUCCUCUACGACAACUCCAAAGCCAACGACAUAUCGGCACUUGCACUGGCAGAGCAUCUUCACGCUCUACCUCUGGCUAUCAUUCAGGCUGCAAGCUAUAUCAACGAGAACCAGAUUUCUAUUGACACGUACCUUUCGCUACUCGAGAAUACAGAAGACUCCAUGGUUGAGCUGCUCAGCGAGGAUUUCGGCGAUGAAUGGCGAUACGCUGAUAUCAAAAACCCCAUUACGUCGACGUGGCUCGUUUCGUUCAAUCAGGUGGAGCGCCUGAAUCCUCAGGCCAGUGAUUAUCUAUCAUUCAUGUCAUGCCUUGGCUCUGCUAGCAUACCGAUAUCUCUACUUCCAACUGCAGACUCGAAGAUCAAGCAACAGAGCGCAUUGGGUCUUUUGAAAGCGUACCACUUCAUCACUGAACAUUCGGAUUACGCCUCGCAGAUUUUCACUCUUCAUCGGCUUGUUCGGCUAGCAACAAGAAACUGGCUCAGGGCACAUGGUAAUCUUGACAACUGGGUUACACGGGCCGGUCGGCGGUUGGGUGCUGUUUUCCCGUCCGCCGAGCAAAAGAAUCGAGCCUUGUGGCGACCCUAUCUACCUCAUGCCCUAUAUGUCCUUGACUGUGAAGAGUUUCAGGCGAAUACGACAGAUCGGGACCACCUAAAGUUCACUGUUGCGCGAACCCUAUGGCGGGACGAGAGGUACUCGGAAUGCAUACCACUAUUUAAAGAACUAUAUCAAGAGUGGAAGGACCGAUUGGGAAUCGAGGAUGAAGAUACUCUUUUGGCAAUGGAGUGGGCCUCUAUCGCAUUGGCUGACACGCAGCAGUGGAAGGAGGCUGAGACACUCCAGGUAGAAUUACAGGAUGUCCGCCAACGAAUCCUGGGCCCCGACAAUGCCCUGGUAUUGAAAGGCUUUGGACGACUGGCAAGGAUGUACAGGUAUCAGGGACGACUGCAGGAGGCCUUUGACCUUGGCACAGAAGUCGUACGAAAGAUGCGAUCGCUUUACGGAGAUGCCGACGCAUAUACAUUGGAUGCAAUAAUGAACCUCGUCGGUACCUGCCGCGAGCUUUCUACCGAUAUGGAAGAUCUGAUUGAUGGGCUGCGGGCAGCUAUCAAGUCUCUUGCCCCUGAAGCCUCUGAUAUGUCUCGAGUCACCGAAAGCUUAGCCGAGGUCUACAUCCGUCAGGGACGUCUCAAAGAAGCAGAAACAUUGCUGGAGGAGUAUCUGGAGAAAACCCCUUAUGCAGUUGAUGAACAUUCUGAUCCUAGGGGCCGCCUUGUUUCCGUAUAUAGGCGGCAGGGAAAGCAUCGCGAAGCCGAGGAGCUCGCUCAGCGGGCGUGGAAGCUGGCAGAGGCGACACUCGGUCCAGAGCAUCCUACCACGUCUUGGCGUAUGCUGGACGUGGCGACUGGGUAUCUCGAGCGAGGCAGAAUCGCAGAGGCCGAGUCCCUACAGAAGGAGGCGGUCGAGAAGAUGAAACUAGUUAUUGGCUACGGGCACGCCGACACCUUGACUGCUAUGUGGUGGCUCGCAAAGACCAAGGAAGAGCGAGGCGACAUGGCGGGAGCAGAGGAGAUCCUAGUGCAGGUCAGCAAGCUGUCAUACUCUGCAUUUGGGCAGAAUAGCCUCUUUACGCUCAAGGUUGUGAGCAAACUGAGCAGUUUCUAUUACCACCAGGAACGCUAUGUGGAGGCCGAGAAACUGGGACGAGACGCAGUUGAAGGGAGGAAGAAACUGCUGGGGGAAGACCAUCCAACGACCCUUUUGAGUAUGUGGAGACUCGCUCCCAUUUUAUACAAACAAGGCAAACUGGAGGAAAGCAUUCAGUUGCUGGAGGACUGCAACCGCCGUCAGGCUCAGAGAUUUGGACAGGAUCAUUCAGAUACUCAAAAAACCACAAGACUCCUGGCAGGGUGGAAAGAACAGCGGGAGUGGGUAGAGAUAGAGGCCUCUGAAGGACUGGCCGACCAACACGGUACUCCAACCCUUGGGGACCCUGAGGCUUCGCCUGAAAUGUCAACGAACUCUGCCAGCUCAAGCCAACCCUUGGCUCAUUCUGAGUCAGAUAACCCGACCGUCGCGCGUGGCUUUGUAGCCACUGUUCGCACGUCAGUUGGGAGGCGCUGGCGUCGUUUCGAUAGCUAGGACCUAUACAUUUGACAGUUGCAGCAACGGAGUUAUCAUUUGCAGCAUCAAAGGCCUUUGAGGACUAAGGCUCAUACAUUCAUCAUCUUGUCGUGCAUAUAUAUUCCAUAGCAUAGCCUCAUUAACCAUCCCAGAAGGGCUAUUCUGGUUUUAAUAAUACAUAUAGAUGCUGGUGGUGACUCAGUUUAGGCUUCAUUUUAUCGCGCCGUUGUGGACGUGCUUGGGUUAAUGGUUGCAGUACCAAUGUACGUACUUCUAUUAGAAGAAUAGCACGUAGGUCAGGAACAUCUGAGGGGUCAACUCAAGCAUGGAAAAGCAAAAAAUACUGCUUGAUCCACUGAUAUGGAAAUAGGAAUCAUAGUAAGCAUGGUAGUUGAUAGUUG